GCGGCAGCCGGCGGAGGAGUUGCCACUUCCUGGAGGCGCCGGCCGGGGCCGCUCUCUGCACUUAGAUUCGGAGCCGGGAGCCCGCGGCCACCGCCAUGUCCCAUCAGACCGGCAUCCAAGCAAGUGAAGAUGUUAAAGAUAUCUUUGCAAGAGCAAGAAAUGGAAAAUACAGACUUCUAAAAAUAUCUAUUGAAAAUGAGAAACUUGUGAUUGGCUCAUGUAGUCAGCCUUCAGAUUCCUGGGAUAAGGAUUAUGAUACCUUUGUUUUACCCCUAUUGGAGGACAAACAACCGUGCUAUAUAUUAUUCAGGUUAGAUUCUCAGAAUGCCCAGGGAUAUGAAUGGAUAUUCAUUGCUUGGUCUCCAGAUCAUUCUCAUGUUCGUCAAAAAAUGCUAUAUGCAGCAACAAGAGCAACUCUGAAAAAGGAGUUUGGAGGUGGCCACAUUAAAGAUGAAGUAUUUGGAACAGUAAAGGAAGAUGUGUCAUUACAUGGAUAUAAAAAAUACUUGCUUUCACAGUCAUCUCCUGCCCCAUUGACUGCAGCUGAGGAAGAAUUACGACAAAUUAAAAUUAAUGAGGUACAAACAGACGUGGGUGUGGACACUAAGCAUCAAACACUACAAGGAGUAGCAUUUCCUAUUUCUCGAGAAGCUUUCCAGGCUUUGGAAAAAUUAAGUAACAGACAGCUCAACUAUGUGCAAUUGGAAAUAGACAUAAAAAAUGAAAUUAUAAUUUUGGCCAGUACAACAAAUACAGAACUGAAAGAUUUGCCAAAGAGGAUUCCCAAGGAUUCAGCACGUUACCAUUUCUUUCUGUAUAAACAUUCCCAUGAAGGAGACUAUUUGGAGUCCAUAGUUUUUAUUUAUUCAAUGCCUGGAUACACAUGCAGUAUAAGAGAACGGAUGCUGUAUUCUAGCUGCAAGAGCCCUCUGUUAGAAAUUGUAGAAAGACAAUUACAAAUGGAUGUCAUUAGAAAGAUCGAGAUAGACAAUGGGGAUGAGUUGACAGCAGACUUCCUUUAUGAAGAAGUACACCCAAAGCAGCAUGCACAUAAGCAAAGUUUUGCAAAACCCAAAGGUCCUGCAGGAAAAAGAGGAAUUCGAAGACUUAUUAGGGGUCCAGCUGAAAGUGAAGCCACUGCUGAUUAAAAUCAUUAUAUUAAA